AUGUAUAAUGCUUUGAACAACAAACCACAGGACGCUGGAGAACCUAAAGUCUAUAAGGUAACCGACUCUCAUGUGGGACGCGGUUACGGUAAAGAGCAAGCCGUGAGUUGGCAGCGUCUUGGCACAUUCUUUGCCGGUGUAGUCGAGCAUGCACGUCCGCUACCACCUCUGAAUCCUUUAGAAUGUGCAAUCGCACUACGCAUUGUCGACGAUAUCGAAGACGAAGUUAGUCGCACACUGACUGAUGAACAUAAAGCGACCAUACGUGGGUGGCUGGCUAAUAUACAAAUGCGUAAUCUACGCGAUUUUGCACCGGAUACGCCUUAUUCAACGACGAGUGCAGCUACGAUUUUGCUUGAUCCGCUACGCAGUCGUCUAUGGAAUAUACCGCCCGACGCCUCACAACUUCCGCAAGUCGCUGAAGAGGAGCAUAUAGAGUCACUACUUGAUUAG